UUCUUUGCUCAAUACAGACAACCAUGAGUGAUCGAAAGGCAGUGAUCAAGAAUGCGGACAUGUCUGAAGAGAUGCAGCAAGAUGCUGUAGAGUGUGCUACUCAGGCCUUAGAGAAAUACAACAUCGAGAAGGACAUUGCUGCUCACAUAAAGAAGGAGUUUGACAAGAAAUACAAUCCCACUUGGCACUGCAUCGUGGGAAGGAACUUUGGCAGCUACGUGACUCAUGAGACCAAGCACUUCAUCUACUUCUACCUCGGCCAAGUCGCUAUUCUUCUUUUCAAGUCUGGUUAGAACCACAGACUGUUACGGAAACUUGCACCUGGUUACAGGACUGUGUGCUGACUCCUCUGACUAGUUACUGCAGCCUUCCUGAGGACGCAGACCUUGAUCUUCAAGGGCAAUGGCAGGGAUUAUGCUAUAGCAGAUGAUGUUACAUUGUGGAUAUAAAAAGGAAAAAUACCAAAAAAGUCUUCCUUGUAUUUAUUUUUUUUUUCAGAAGGCUGCUUCUUUGCUAGUAGAGCUGUUGGAGCAGUUUUGCCUUUGAGAGUCUCAUAGCCAUCUACAGUAUUGCCCAAUUACUGCUUGUGCUAUGUAAGUACUGACAGUGUUUAGUUCUUUCUGUUCCAAACCUCUCUUGUUCUUUCCCAUGUGUUUUUUGCCAUUUCCCCUCUUGUUUUGGCUGGGUGUACCGCCCCAGAGCCUGAGCUGUUUCUUCUUCUGCUGCUGCCUCU